UACAGAAUCUGACAAUGACUGUGGCUGAGGCUAAACACCAUACAAAGUCAAUCCCCAUGAACAAGUCCUCGGCUGGGCAGAGUGUACGAGGCUUACUCGAGCUGGCACGCUGGUGGGACAUCCUCAUUUUGGAGGGCCUUCCUGCUCCUCUCACACUCCGAAAUUAAUUUAAUUGAGGUCUGUCAAUCCAGUAAAUUCUCCAGUUGUCUUGUCGACAAGCUACAGAGGUGGAAAUGUCUGACCGCACCGUUCCUCAUGCCUACCCAAUGAGUAUGGAUUACGAGAUGUGUUCUCCCCCUCGAAUCUAUGAUCAGAACUUUGCAGAAGCUCUGAGUCCCAAGGACCUUUUGGCCCCUGUCCUGUACCACGGUUACUACAUUCGUCCCCGAAUCAACAAGCAGCUUGAGCGGGGCUUCUCUCAGAUAGAAAGCGAAGAUGAUUGGUAUCGAGUUUUGUUAGAUGUGUGCCAGUUCACACCAGAUGAGAUCAGUGUGCGAACAGUCGACAACCUGCUGGAGGUGACGGGGCGGCACGCUCAGAGAAUGGACCAGCACGGCUUUGUGAGUCGGGAGUUUACCCGCACCUACAUCUUACCGAUGGGUGUGGAUCCGUUGCUGGUGCAGGUGUCUCUCUCACAUGACGGGAUACUGUGCAUCCAGGCACCGAGAAAAACGGAGGACCUGGAGCCUAAAAUCAACCAGCUCAAGAUUAAAGUGGACAAGAAGGAAAGCGAAAGCUAAUAGAGUGGACUGAUGUAAGCAGGCCCACAUGGAAUCCCGCAGAACUCUAGAAAAGUCUACCGAGUUAUAAUGCUUAGCACUCGCUGCUCAUCUAUUAAAUAUUUAGGAUAUUUUAAAUCAUUCGACAUUCUCUCACUUCUGUUCUCUCACAGUUUGUUAAAAUGCAUUCCACAGAAUUCUGCAGAUUCCCAACUGAAAUUAUUGCAGAUAAAGUUUACAGGUUCCUUCUGGGUCGAGUAAAACAGACUCGAAUCUAUCCAGUGGUUGCAGAUCUGAAUGAGAGUUUGCAGUCGAUUGUAAAAUAAAAAAAUAAAUAAAAGUGAUGGGUUUUAAGCAAGCUCCAGCAUACAUCACCAAAGAGAAGAAUGUUGUUUCACUGGAAGAUAUGACAUUUUGAUAAAAAAUGAUGAGCUUAAAAAUCUCAUUAAUAAAAUGUAUUUCGAAAA